CGGGGCGGGCGCUACGCCCCGGCCCGCCGUCCCUAUCCGGGGUUGGCCUCGAGGUGGGCUCCUUAAGCGGGGAGGGUCCUCCGCCCCGGGUCCGUCCCCGCGCCGCGGACAGCGAGCGCUGCGGAGAGCCGCCGGGGCUCGCUCCUUCGGCAGCCCCUUACGUCGCUCCUCGCUGCUCUCUGGGUCUCGUUGCUUGCUUUCAUGAUGCGCCGCGGGGUUCCGAGUGUGGCCGCGCUUAAGCUCCCUUUGCGUGGGUACUAACACGGUUUCGCGUGCGGCCUGGUGGUCUUCACGCCCCCUCGCGUAGGCCGCCGGAUGGCACCGGGAGCGGAAAGUUGGUAGCCUCCGGGAGGGUCUUUGUAACCAAUUCUGCCAACACUUUUUAGGUACUUUGUAGCUGGUACGUUGGCUUUCUGACACACUGAAGUUACAAGUAAGUUCUUUGAAUGGGCACGUGUGGACCUCUUGACAGUUUGGGAAAACUGACAGCGCUUGACUCUUCUGUUCUCUAAUAGAGGGAAGGAUGCUGUGCUGAUAUUAGUGUCCUUCCCGUGGUGGUCGCUCAUUCCUUGUAUAAUUCUGAAGGUAGGUCUGUAGGAUUUCAGGCUCCGUAGAUUGAAGAAAUACAAGUGAUCCAGCCCUUGGCAUAGCAAAUUCUUUCCCUUUGGUAGUAUGUCAGAAUCAUGAAACUGCGAUUGUUUUUGUUUUUGUUUUUUGGUAUUGUCCUAUUUUGAUUUUAUUUACAAUAUUUUAAUUUCAGUACCGAGUAGGAAAAUGGUUCACUUUUGAGGAACUUGUUUUCUUGUGUAUAAUGAAUAUGACUUAAUGUGAUAGGUUUCCGCCUUUUUUUUUUUUUUUUUUUUUUUUUUUAAUGACGUUUAGGAAACUCAAAGCUAUAUUUACUUCAGGCUUAUGGAAUUAUAGCUGGUCAGUAUGCUUGCUUUCCCUUAUAAUUUUCUUAUAUCUCAUUUUGAUAGUUUCAAUUGUGUAACUGUAUCGAGUCUUUGGAAGCAGAGCAUGUCUAUAAGCUUACAUGUAUAUAAACAGAAUAAAGUUACAGUGGAAAGUUACUGUUGCAGCUGAAAUAACAGUACAUCUGUUGGGACUGGUUUUAUACUAUAUUUCUUUUCUACUUGGUGAAAUAUUUUCUCCAAAGAUUGCUUAUUUCUCUCUCUAAACUAGUGGAGCUUGUCAUAUAGAUGAUAGUCAUAUCGAUGAUACAUAGUUGCAGGUGAUUUAUGCAGACAUUUUCAGUCUAAAACCUCACGUGAAUCUCCUUUCACAAAUAAUUUGAGUACUUUGGGUUUUGCCCGGUUGUAUUCCUGCACAUUCACAUCGGAGGAUGUGAUGUUUGAUCACAGCAGGAAUACUGGUACAUAUGUGAGGGUAAUUCUUUUUAUGCCUGCUUUUGUCAGAAUUUCCCCCAGAAAAUUCAUGGGCUAGAGCAUUUUAUGUAUAGCUUUAUGCCCAAUAACUCUGUUGAUAUAUUUUAGUUCAUUAAAGUUUUUUUUCAAGGAAUAUGUAUUAUGUAGAUAAGAUACAUGAUGUUCUUUUUUUGGUGCCUAUUGAGUUUGGCCUUAAUAUAGUAUUUUUUUCCAUUUUAAAUUUUAGAUAAAGUGUAGCAAUGGCUGCUAUUUAUUCUGGCAUUUCCUUUAAGCUCAAAAGCAAGACAACUUCUUGGGAAGAUAAACUAAAACUAGCUCAUUUUGCUUGGAUUUCCCACCAGUGCGUUCUUCCAAAUAAAGAGCAAGUAUUACUUGAUUGGGCAAGACAGUCAUUGGUUGCAUUUUAUAAGAAAAAACUUGAACUGAAGGAAGACAUUGUUGAAAGGCUUUGGAUCUAUAUAGAUAAUAUUCUACACAGCAGAAAACUGCAGAAUCUCCUCAAGAAUGGAAAGACAAUUAACCUUCAGAUUUCCCUAGUCAAGAUCAUAAACGAGAGGAUAGCUGACUUCUCUCCUUUGGGAUCCCAAAGAAGUAUGUGUGCCGUGCUGAGCUGUUGCCAGGGCAUCCUCUCGACACCCGCCCUCGCCGUCAUCUACACGGCUAGACAGGAGCUGUUAGUGGCGCUGCUGAGCCAGCUGUGCUGGUUGGCCUGUAGGCAGCCAGAAGGAGCCGGGGUCGCCCAGUUAUUCGAAGUCAUUCACCUGGCGCUUGGUCGCUACCUCUUGAUCCAGCAGCAGCAAGUCAACCCACGACGAGCCUUUGGCGAGGUGACCGGGCACUUGCUGCAGCCCUGCCUGGUCCUGAGGCACUUACUCUCGGGGGGCCCGUGGGCACAGGCCGGCCAGGGCCAGCUGCGGCAGGCGCUGAGCCGGGAUGUGAAGACUCAGAUUGAGGCCGUGCUUCGAGGUGGGGCCUUUCAGCCCGAGUUGCUCUCGUCCUACAAAGAGGAGCUCUUGGACCAGCAGCAAGGCGACGCGAAGAUAGGGGCCCUGAAGAACGUUCUCGCUCCUACGGACACUGUGAUUGCCAGGCUGGUGGAGACGGGCUACUGUGAACCGUCACUGCAUGCUGCCGUUGUAGCCAACUCAGUGGCCUUGCUGUAUAAGCUCUUUCUGGACUCUUACUUCAGGGAGGGGAAUCAGCUUCUCUGCUUCCAGGUGCUCCCCAGGCUGUUCGGCUGCUUGAGGAUCGCACAGCUGCGGGAGGAGCACCCGGCCGCCCUGGCCGCGUCGGAUUGGACCUCAGAACUGCUGGUUGUGGAACAGCUGCUGACCUCGGUGGCCCACAGCGGUAUCUACAACAUCGCCGCCGACAGGAUCCGGCACGGAGAGGCUCAGUUCCGCUUUUACCGCCGUUUGGCCGAGCUGCUGACAAACCAUUCGCAAGCGUCCGUGCCGGCCUGGUUCCGCUGCCUCAAGGCUUUGACGUCUCUGAAUCAUCUGGUUUUGGAGCCGGACCUCGACGGCCUGUUGGCUUCAGCUUGGAUUGAUGCAGAAGUGACAGACUCUCGAACGAAAAAAGCACAGGAGGCGCUUCUUCACACCCUCUUCCAGACUUACGCGAAGCUCCGACAAGUGCCACGGCUGUUUGAGGAGGCUUUGGGGGUGAUCUGCCGCCCGGCCGCCGAGGCCCUGAGGCAGCCCGUGCUGGCCGCGGGCCCCUCCCGGGUGCUCUGCGAGUGCCUCCUGGAGUUGCCUCCGAGUCAGAUCUUGGACACGUGGUCGCUCGUGCUGGAGAAGUUCCAGUCUUUGGUCUUGCCUUAUUUGCGGGGCGAUGCCGACAUGGCCUUGAAGUCGCUGUCCCUGAGCUCGCUGCUGCACUGCGUCAUGUUCAACAUGAGGAGCCUGGACGGCAGCACGCCUCUGCCCGUCAUCAGGCGGAUGCAGCGCACCAUGGAGAGGAUGCUCCGGGAGCUCGUGAAGCCCCUGCUGGACCUUCUCCUGGACCCCCCGGGCCCGGAGCUUGAGCUCUGGCUGCAGAAGGUCAGUGACUCUGCACUCCUGCUCUCUUACACUUGGGCCCAGGUCGACACCAUGCUCAGCAUGAACUGCAGCCAGUAUCGCUCUGUGUCUGGGGCUCUUACGGACAUUGCCGUGGAGACCGCAGACCUCCCCUCGUUGCUCCCCGGUGUAGAAACGCACCACUGGAAGAAGAUAGAAAAGUUUGUGGCUCGGUUUGACUCUCUCAGCAGGUAUUGCUUAGAACAGCUCUACCUGCAGAAAAUGAAACGGACUUUAAUGCAAACUAGUUUCCGGUCUGAGGAAGCUCUCUGCACUCUGAGGCGUGAUGCUGCCUACAUUCUUGGGUCUGGCAGAGAAAGCUUGAAUCGGAGGACGACCGCCUCCUGGGAUGGCCAGGUGGGGACGGUGAGUGCACUCACGUACCCCGUAGCGCACUGGCACUUGAUCGUGUCGAAUCUCACAAUUUUAAUAUCCUAUCUUUGUCCGGAUGAUGUGCGAUCCCUGGCCAGUGUGCUGCUGAGAACUUUACCGACGAGCAAAGCCCAGGAGGUCUCAGCAGAAGAAGAGGCAGACCUCACACUUGGAAGAAUAUCCAGUGCCGUCCUUCACAGCCCUCUCUUUCCGGAAAUGCAGCCCCUCCAUUCUGCUUUCUUAAUGCGCCUGUCCGAAGGCUGUGCGGGCAUCCUGUGUUCUGGGGCCCAGGGUGACCCGAGUCUUCUCAGUCAGCAGCUGCCCUGGCUCUUUGAAAAGGAGCACAUGGGUGUGGCUCUUUGGGAAAACAGAUUUGCAAAAGUUGGACCCGAAGGUGUAGAACCAAAAGGAGAAACUGCCCAAAACUUACUAUCCUUGGUCAAGAGUGGCUUCCCAAUUCAGCUGGAGGGAGAACAAUUAGAGAGCAUCCUGGGAUUGUUGGAAGUUAUUUCUGCUCUGCAACUGGACGGCCUCUCGACUCCCUAUCACGUGCAUUACUUUCUUCUGUUACUGUCCGUGGCCGUCACCAGGCUGGGGAGCUCCUGCCCCUCCUCACUGACCCUCAGGUUUCUGAAGACUUGCUACCGGCUUCUUGGCCACCUGCAGAGAGGGAAAGGUGCCCGCUCAGUCCUCAAGACCAUGUACGCCAGUGAGAUUUUCGAGAUCAUGCUGACCUCCUCGUUCAGAGCCAGUAGUAGAUUUUCUGUUGCUGCGGAUGACCCCUCCUGGUUGGAAUUCCUCCAACUGACAGGGACAUUGUGGGAACAGCUACUGCAGAUGCUUAUCCAGAUGAAGCUCAGCCUGGUGCUCAAUUUUGGGAAAAUCAUUGCAUUCCUCUGCAAACUGUCCACCGAAGCACCGUCAGGCAAGCAGGUGGAAAACCAGAAUCCUCUGGGCCAGCAGCUCCUUCUGGUGUCUCUAACCAAGUUGUGCCAAGUCCUGGGGCCUUUGGUCAAAGAGCGGAGGCAGCACCAUGAGGCCUCAGAAGCGCUGCCUGAGCUGCUGCAGAAGGCCAUUGUCCAGACAGGAGCCGUGCUGCAACUGUGCUGGGCACGCGGGGCCCGGGGCCAGCGCCUUCCCUCCGCCUUCAUCUCGUCGGUCAGCACGCUCUUGGAGGCGGAUGUGGGCCAGCGCUCCAGGCACGGGGCCCAGGGUUCCCAAAUGACUGGCGAGGUGCUGACCUCCCAUACCGCCUUCUACCAGAAUGUUUACUCUCAGCUGCUGUCAGGGUUACCGGCCCUUGCAGGAGACCAGCAGUCUUUCCAGGCGGCCAUGCGGUUUUUAACUCUGUUCUUUUUGGCCCCAGAACUCCAUCCCAAGAAGGAUUCUGUUUUUGCCUCCGUGUUUCAUUCUGUGACGAAAGUUCUGGCAGAUCCUGCAGUUUCGGGUCAGAUAAUUCAGGACUUGGAGCCUCAUUUGGGAGCCUUGUUGACCCAAAUGUUAGAAGUUGGGACGACAGAGGACUUGAGGAUGGUGAUGCGGUAUGUUCUCCAAGGAUUAGACGUCAGUAACGUGUGGAAAGGAGAUGUGCAGGCCACUUUGUCAGCCAUCACACUGAUCAAGUUGCUCCUGAGCUGCCCACUCGGCGGAGAGAAAGCGAGUCUGUUCUGGUGUGCGAGCCCCCAGAUAGUCACGGCUCUGACUCUGCAAAACCGAGAGGCUUGUCGGGAGCAGACUGUGCCCCUGGCGGUGGUGGAGUCCAUUUUGGACGUGCUCGCAGCCUUGCUGCGACGGGGGGAGGGGACCAUCGGCAACCCGCACCACGUCAGCCUGGCCUUCAGCAUCCUGCUCACCGUGCCCUUGGACCACCUGAAGCCCCCUGAGUAUGGGAGCAUCUUCCUGAGGACGCACAACGUGCUCUUUUCCAUCCUGCAGUGUCACCCGAAGGAAGCACAGAUGGCCUGUCGGUGGUCCUAGAGUGUGCCCGCCUGGUGGCAAGGAUGUACAGCCACAUCGCGUCGCGGGCCGAAGAGUUCACGGUGUUCUCCCCCUUUAUGGUGGCCCAGUAUGUC